AUGAUAAAAAAAAUCCAUAAAUCCAACAAAAAAAGUAUAAAACUUCUCAAUAAACUUGGGUUUAGAUCGCCGUACCAAAUAAUUUUAGACGAUAAGUUUAUUAAUAACUGUAAUAAAUAUUCUAAGAGAUAUAAACAUCUAAAAGAAAUAUUUAAAAGUGAACCCAAGCUUUUUUUUACUAAAUGCAUAUUAAAAAAAUAUAAAAGUUAUAAUCCAAAUUAUGAAAAUGACAUAAGUGAUAACUGUGAGAUGAUUAAAUGUCCUCAUAAAGACAAAGAUGAUGUUUUAAAAUGUCUCGCUUUUGUGUUUAGAAAAUUUAACAAGAAUCAUUAUAUAAUAGGAACAUCAGAUAAAGAAAUUAUGGAUAAAUACAGGAAGAGAGAAGAUGUACCUUUACUUAAUUUUAAUAAGGGACAGAUAAGAUUAUUUUUGAAUACAGAAAAAUUAAUAAAUAAGUCAAAUACAACCUAUGAGGCCACGCCUAAAGAAUUAGAAAGACUUGAAAAAAUAUUUGGUGCGGAGGGCGGCCAGGAAGUAUCUGAAAAUUCUGGUGAAUUUGAAGAAAUAAACGUUGAUGAUUUAGAAGUAUCAGAGGAUGGUGAAACUACAAAUAGUGAAUGA